AUGUCACGUCCUGUUGUCAAGGCCCAAGGCGGAACCAGCGACGUCAUCACCUUCCGGCCGCAACAAUUUGAAGGAGACAAGCGGUUCCCUAGAGAACACACCAGGUGGAUGCUUGACUUUUGCCAGAAGGUGUUCCGGCGCAAACCAGACGAGACGCAGCAGUUCCUGGACGUUGGCUGCGGGAUCGGAGACCUGACGCGAGAGGAGCUGCUUCCUCGAUGCCUGCCGUGCCGUCGCAUCGUCGCCGUCGACGUGUCGGCCGUAAUGGUGGAGCACGCCUCUCUACACUCGCAUCACGAGAAGAUUGAGUUCAGGAAGUUGGACAUCGCGAACGACAAAGAGGUGACAGAUUUCAUCGACGAGCACGGCCUCUUCGACAGGGUGUACUCGUUCCACACUAUCAUUUGGGUGCGGGACCAGGCUAAGGCGCUGAAGAACGUGGCCAGGCUUCUGAAGCCUCGAGGCGAGUGUCUUCUGAUUUUCCACGCAUCUCUGCUGUCUUUGGACAUCAACCGAGACCUUCUUAAAAUGGAUCGUUGGAGCAAGUAUUCUCACGUGGUCGAGCAGAUAGCACCGAAGACACAAGACAUGAGCUACGACGAGCGCAUUGAAUACAUGUCCAGGAUCCUGGCAGAAGCAGGACUCUCACCGAGCAUAUUGGAGCUUCCAGUCUGCACGGUUUUUGACAAUUUCGGCAUCGAAAGCGUGAUCGAGAAGUAUGCCUCGUUGAUCCCGUUGACAGCAGUUGUCUCGGAAGACGAGAAGCAACAGUUCUUUACAGACCUAGCGCAGCAGACGGUGAAAAUGCGCUCUCCAGACGUCGACCGCACUCAUUACAGGAUUUACGUCAUCAAGGCGUCGAAAGUGAACAAAUAGUGCUGCGACCUGAGCAGUCGUACACAGUGCGACCAAUUCAAAAUAAAGGUGGAAGUCAGUUCGA